AUGGCUGAUAGGAGCCACAGAGCGUCUAGACUUUCCGUGCAUCCAAGAAACGCCCCUAGGGAAUCUGUCUUUGUGGGCAACGCAGAGCUCUACCGGGGCGAUACAAACGCGGUAUGCAGCCCUUACCUGAGAGAAUGCGUCCUGGCGAUGGAAGACUGCUGCGAAGAGGCGCAUGAAGCGCAAGAGAUUAUACGUGCAGGAACACACGACCUUCCUAGGAUGACGAAAGUACUAGAGAACGAGAGGGUUUUUCUCCUCAUUGACGAAGCGACUGUACGAAGAUACAAAGCCGAUCUCACAGACGAGAUUGAGCCACAAAUUAAUGAGCUGAUCACACGUGCGGAGAAGGGGCUGCAGAUUCUUCUUAAGAAGGAAAACUUGUUACAAGCAAAGGUUGAAGCUGCGGAGUUCCGGCCAUCCUCAGGUGUGACAGUGAAAACGACAGGAAUGACCAAGCUUGAAGUCCGUCGGAUACAGAUGCUGACUAGACAGAGAGAGCGCCUCGAAAAUGAUGUAGCUGCUCUCCAGAGAGAGGUAGACGAGCUGGCAAGUCUACGCCUAGCUCAAGUUCAGAGGCAACGCUGA